AUGCGUUUCUGUUUCCCAAACCCUAAUUUGAUUAGAGAAGGAACCCGAGUUACUUCCUGCUCCUCCCAUCUCGCCGUUGAGAAGCAUCGAUCGGUGAAGUAUCUGGAAGUGGAAGGCGGUUGCUACAAGGCAUACAUAUUCAUGCGAGGAUAUUCCAGAUGGAAUUCAAGGCAAGCGCUACAAGUUGUGAAGCAAGUUUUCCCACAGGAUGAUGCAGUAAAACCAUCUCUGGUUAUUGUUUAUUUUGGAGGUAACGAUUCAGUCCUUCCGGAUCCAGAUGGCCUAAGUUCUCAAUUUCUCAUGUACCACUUGAUGAAUUUGUUCGAAACAUGUGGAACAUUUCUACCCAUCUACAGGGACAUGGCGUAAUAGAUGGAAGUUGUAGGUAAAAAAGUUGCGGAUGACCAAAUAUUUUAUGAUGUUGGUGGUCAUGACAAGAAAAGAAGACUAUGGAUUUGCUCAUAUUCAAAGGCGAUUCCCAUGAUUAACGGUACAACGGAAGUAUCUAAUUACAAUUUGAAUUUUUUUUUGAACAAGAAGAAUUGAGGGAGCUUGUUCAUCAGCAAAAAGAGCAAAAUGAAGAACUUAAGGAUAUAAUAAAGGCCAACCAUAACCAACACAGCAAAAGAAUCGAGCAAUUUAAUAAACAACUAUAAUCGACA